CGUAAACAUUUACUGUACCGUGUUGAACUAAUACUACUUAUCGUGUCUAACGUGGAUAUGUCCAUCUGAGAUUUGGCACCGGGGAAAUUGGGAAUACUUCCUUCGGAUGGUAUCGGACGAAUCAGGAUCUCCACACAAGAUCUCCGAAGCUUCUGCACGUGGACUGUGCAUCAUCGUUGAGCAUUUCCGAGCCGCAAACUUCUGCACCGACUCUCUCUUGGACGUGAACAAAAAAACAUGUUGGUUUCACGAAACUUGUCUAGCUUUGCGCGGGGCGCAUUGAAAACCUCACAGUCUGCACGUUGCUACGCUUCUGCAGCACCGACCGCCGCUUUCGCUGGCAAGAAGGGAGCCAACGGCAAAUAUACUGUCACCCUCAUCCCUGGAGAUGGUAUUGGACCGGAAAUCAGUCAGUCUGUGAAGGAAAUCUACAACGCUGCCAAAGUUCCUAUUGAGUGGGAGGAGGUUAGCGUUGCUCCCAUCUUGAAGGGCGGCAAGACUGUCAUCCCGGAUGUUGCUAUCAACUCUGUCAAGAAGAACACUGUCGCCUUGAAAGGUCCCUUGGCCACACCGAUCGGCAAGGGUCACAUCUCUCUCAAUCUCACUUUGCGAAGGACAUUCAACCUAUUCGCCAACGUUCGGCCUUGUGCUUCUAUCAAGGGCUUUAAGACUCCUUACGAUGAUGUGAACACUGUUCUUAUUCGUGAGAACACCGAGGGAGAGUACUCUGGUAUUGAGCACGAGAUUGUCGACGGAGUUGUCCAAUCCAUCAAGCUGAUUACAUGGGACGCAUCUGAACGUGUUGCUCGCUAUGCCUUCCAUUAUGCCGAGUCUACGGGACGCAAGCGCGUUACCGCUGUGCACAAGGCCAACAUCAUGAAAAUGUCGGAUGGUAUGUUUUUGUCUGCUUGCCGUCAAGUAGCUAAGGACUUCCCGGGAAUCACCUACGACGAGGACUUGCUGGAUCGUGUCUGUCUCCAGAUCGUCCAAAAUCCCAGACCCUACUCUGAGCGUGUCAUGGUGAUGCCCAACUUGUACGGUGAUAUCCUGUCAGACAUGUGUGCUGGUCUUAUUGGAGGAUUGGGUCUUACCCCGUCCGGUAACAUUGGACGCGAUGCUUCCAUCUUUGAGGCCGUCCACGGUUCAGCGCCUGAUAUUGCUGGCAAGGGACUGGCUAACCCCACAGCGUUGUUGCUCUCGUCUUUGAUGAUGCUUCGGCACAUGAAUUUGAAUGAACACGCCACCAAGAUUGAGAAGGCUGCUCUUGCGACCAUCGCGGAAGGCAAAACGAUCACUGGUGAUCUCGGUGGCAAGGCCUCAACUCAGGAGUACACUGCUGCUAUCAUCGAGAAACUUGCCCGGGCAUGAGCAAUAGAGCCACCUGGUAGACGCAUGGAUGGCAUUGUACAUGUCAUGGACCACGUAACAUAGAGUACAGUAGCACUCAGCUGACCAAUUUUACCAUUGCUAGAUUCUAUAUGCGCACAUCCCUAGGCAUGAGCAUUCGCGAGAGACAAUAGCCAGACAGACAUGAGGCAAGCGAGAAUCAUGAAUGUGUUGAUGAAAGGAUGAUCGCACUUGGUCUGAGCGGCGCGCGGACGUUUAGGCAGUGCUGCUUACUACGUGGCCAAGGAUGGUUAGAAACUUUGUAUACAUUUUUGUGAUGUGACGUUAAGCAUACUACCACUUUCAAAGCGUGGG